AUGGAUGUUAUCCAAGGACACGCUGGCCGAGACAUAUCGUGGCUGUCCACCGAUGUCUUGUUGGCCGAGCUCACAAGAAGACAGGACGCAGAUGCAACCGAAAAGCCCGCCUGCGGCUCGCGAGAAAGGGGAGCAUAUGACACACCGUUACAUAUUUUCGCAUUGGUGUUGAUAUUGACUCUCAGCACUCUUGCAUGUGGCUUCCCAUUAUUCUCCCGCCGAGGUUCGCAGAGUCGUCGUUCAAAUCGAAUCGUUUUCCUAUGUCAACACUUCGGCACUGGUGUGCUUCUAGCCACCGCCUUCGUCCACCUGCUGCCAACCGCCUUUACGUCGCUGAACGACCCAUGCCUUCCGUAUGUCUUCAACGAAGGCUACCGGCCUAUGCCUGGCCUGGUCGCUAUGGUUUCAGCUUUGGUUGUUGUAUGCCUCGAAUCAUACUUGACCACAAGAGGAGCAGGACAUUCUCAUGGUCAUGGUCAUGCGUGGGACUCUGAAGACGAAUCCGAAGAACAACAUGUCCACAUACAUGGAAACGGAGGUGGGAAUGGGCUUGCAGCCAAACGUGGCCCCAGCCACAGACCCGCGGAUAUUCCACUGCAAGAUUUAGGCGAUCGCGAAGGGCUUAUGGCUGGAGUAUCGCCACUUCCUGAAACAACACCUACGUCGGUGCCUCCUGCCAGCAGGAACCCCUUAAUCAGAACAAACAACAACGAAGACGACGAUGAUCUCGAUAUUGACUUGGAUGAGCUUGACCCGACUGCUGACGAUGAUGAACAGCCACUUGCUGGCUCUGCUGCUAAAGAUCAAUCAGAACCGCCCACACCUCGAGUUCACAGCCCCGAAGAACAGAAGCGGCUCAUGCUACAGUGUAUGUUGUUAGAAGCUGGCAUUCUAUUCCAUUCUGUGUUUAUCGGCAUGGCCGUUUCCGUCGCAACUGGCCCGCCCUUUAUUGUGUUCCUGAUCGCGAUUGCUUUCCAUCAAACCUUCGAAGGUCUUGCAUUAGGAUCGCGAAUUGCUGCCAUUCAGUUCCCCAAGCACUCCGUACGACCGUGGCUGAUGGUUCUUGCAUACGGGACGACGACCCCCAUCGGCCAGGUAAUUGGGUUGAUCGUGCAUAACAUGUAUGAUCCAAUGUCACAAACUGGCUUGCUAAUGGUUGGUUUUAUGAAUGCCAUCUCAAGUGGACUACUCUUGUUUGCGGGACUGGUGCAAUUACUGGCUGAGGAUUUCCUCACGGAAAAGAGCUACAAGACACUGAAAGGGAAAAACAGGACGCACGCCUUCCUAGCUGUGGUAGGUGGAGCAGCUUUGAUGGCUCUGGUCGGUGCGUUUGCCUAG